ACAGCACUCUCACAAGUCUCCACUGGUUACAGCACUCUCACAAGUCUCCACUGGCUUAAGGAAGUGAAACUCUGUCUUCAUGGAUGAUUUACCAAGGGAGGAUGUCAGUAAUACACUUCGAAUACUAGUUGCAACGGAUUGUCACCUGGGCUAUAUGGAGAAGGAUGAAAUCCGCCGGCAUGAUUCAUUUCAGGCAUUUGAAGAGAUCUGCUCAAUAGCAGAACAAAAGCAGGUGGAUCUCUUACUUCUUGGUGGUGAUCUUUUUCAUGAGAAUAAGCCCUCGAGAUCAACAUUAGUGAAGGCCAUUGAGAUUCUUCGUCGUUAUUGUCUCAAUGAUCAACCAGUGCAGUUCCAAGUUGUGAGCGACCAGACUGUGAACUUUGCAAACACAUUUGGUCAUGUAAAUUACGAAGAUCCUCACUUCAAUGUUGGCUUGCCAGUUUUCAGUAUUCAUGGAAAUCAUGAUGAUCCCGCUGGAGUGGACAAUCUUUCUGCGGUUGAUAUCCUUUCAGCAUGCAAUCUUGUGAACUAUUUCGGGAAAGUGGUUCUUGGAGGUUCCGGCGUUGGGCAGAUCACUCUCUAUCCCAUUCUGAUCAGGAAGGGUUCGACGUCCGUAGCGUUGUAUGGCCUUGGAAACAUUAGAGAUGAAAGACUGAAUAGAAUGUUCCAGACGCCACAUGCUGUACAGUGGAUGCGACCUGAAGCAAAAGAAGGCUAUCAAUUGUCAGACUGGUUCAACAUCCUAGUACUUCAUCAAAACAGAGUAAAGAUGAAUCCUAAAAAUGCAAUCAAUGAGCAUUUUCUGCCAAGAUUCUUGGACUUCAUAGUUUGGGGCCAUGAACACGAAUGUCUCGUGGACCCUCAGGAAGUUCCAGGUAUGGGUUUCCACAUUACUCAACCGGGUUCUUCUGUUGCAACAUCACUAAUUGAUGGAGAAUCAAAGCCGAAACAUGUACUUCUUAUAGAGAUUAAGGGAAAUCAAUAUCGCCCAACCAAGAUACCCCUCAACUCAGUGAGGCCUUUUGAAUAUACUGAGAUAGUAUUGAAAGAUGAACCUGACAUUGAUCCCAAUGAUCAGAAUUCAAUUCUUGAACAUUUGGACAAAGUGGUCAGAAAUCUAAUAGACAAGUGUAGCCAAAAGGCUGUUAACAGAUUGGAGCUCAAGCUUCCUUUAGUCCGAGUGAAGGUAGAUUACUCUGGAUUUAUGACAAUAAAUCCUCAAAGAUUUGGGCAAAAGUAUGUGGGGAAGGUUGCAAAUCCCCAGGAUAUUCUUAUAUUCUCAAAAGCUUCAAGGAAAGGUCGCAGUGAAGUUAAAAUUGACGAUUCUGAGCGGCUUCGACCAGAAGAACUUAAUCAGCAAAAUAUUGAGGCUUUAGUUGCUGAGAAUAAUCUGAAAAUGGAGAUCCUUCCGGUCAAUGAUUUGGAUGCUGCAUUACACAAUUUUGUUAACAAGGACGACAAAAUGGCAUUCCUUUCUUGUGUGCAAUACAACCUUGAAGAAACUCGUAGUAAAAUUGCUCGGGAUUCAGAUAUUUUGAAGUUUGAAGAGGAAGAGAUAAUUCUCAAAGUUGGAGAUUGCUUAGAGGAUCGUGUCAAGGAAAGGUCUGUGCGCUCUAAAGACGACCCACAAUUCGCAUCCAAUGCCCAGUCCUUGGAGGAUAUUCAAGGUAAAAGUACUGGAGGAGUUGGAAGUGCUGUUUCCUUUAGUGAUGAUGAAGAUGCGACUCGAUUCACUGGUUCAAAGCCUACCAGAGGCAGGAAAGAGUCCUCACAACCUUUUAGGUCUUCUCGUGAUGCUUCUGAAGUUGGUAAGACUUCUUUGAGAGGAAAGGGUAGAGGCAGGGGCAGAGGCAGAGGCAGGGGAUCUAAUAAUUUGAAGCAGACCACCCUUGAUGCAGCUAUGGGAUUUCGCCAGUCACAAAGAUCUGCAUCUGUUGCUGCCACAGCUUCAGUUCGAAGUAUCGCUGAGGAUGAGGAUAAUGUGGAUUCUGCCUCAAGUGAUGAAGCAGGGCAGCAUGGACUAGAUGAGGUUGAUGAUAGUUCGGACAAUGAUGAAACCAUCCGAGGCAAAGGACGCAAAAGAGCUGCUCCAAGGGGAAGGGGUAGAGGUUCCACAUCAUCCGCUAAAAGGGGGAGGAAAUCAGAUAAUUCUUCUCCUUCGAUCCAUAAAAUGAAUAUGAGUAGAGAUGAUGAGGACGAUGAUGAUGACACGGGAAAGAGAAUGCAUAAGCCUCAACCUCGGGUAACGAGGAAUUACGGUGCUCUAAGGAGGUGACUCCACUAAGGUUCAGGUCCUUCUGCACAGCAGCAGUGCGGCUACAUGUGAAUGAUUCACUCCAUUUAGGGACUAUCUUGAUGCGUGGUAUUAGAGUCUACGGUCCUGCACAGAAGCUGAGUGGCUACAUGUUAACGGUUCGCUCAUUUAGGAGCUAUCUUGAUGUGUGAUUUUAUAGUCUAGUCUAAUGAUUUGUAUAUUUUAGGCAGCUUAUCUGCUUGCAUGAAUCUUGUGCAUAACGGUGGUCUGCCUUAUAAAUUUCUUUUGCAUGUUAAGACUAUAUGUGUGGUUGUGCAAGUAUGCACAUUUUUGUGCUCCUUAUCACCCAACCUCAAUGUUUAAUUUAUCGGUGACAACAUUACAAAAGAGUGAGAUGGUAGAGUUAGUUCUGGUCAUUGUGGGAACUUCUUUUGUAAACUGUGGGGGCUUACCAGUUACCACUAGAUAUAAGAGCUCUAAUGUUCCUUUAAUACAUAUUUUUGACUGAGCUUA